GAGCCGAGCCAAGCCGCGCCGCGCAUAAAACCAAAGAAAAACUCGCCUCGUCUCGUCCCUGCUCAACAUUGUCCACCCGAUCCAAUGUCUCGGACUCCGUCACGCGCGCGCCCAUCCAACCAGUAACCCUGUCCCAUCCGGUGCAACGCAAAUGGGCGUGCCCCGGGUGUACGUGACGGCGGUGCUUCUGGCGCUGGCUGCCGUCGCCGCGCUCGGGCCCCGCUGCGCCUCCGCGGAGCCGCCGCAGCGGGAGCGGUCCGCGCUGCAGGCGUUCCUUGCCGGAACGCCGCACGAGCGGGCGCUUGGGUGGAACGCGUCCGUACCAGCGUGCACCUGGGUCGGCGUCACAUGCGACAAGGCCAACGGCACGGUCGUCGACCUCCGCCUCCCGGGCGUCGGGCUCAUCGGCCGCCUGCCACCGGGCACGCUCGGCCAGCUGCAAGGCCUGCAGGUCAUCUCGCUGCGGUCCAACCGCCUGUUCGGGGACAUCCCCGGCGACCUCUUCUCCCUCCCGCAGCUCCGGUCGCUGUACCUGCAGGGCAACCUGCUCUCCGGCGCCAUCCCCGCCGAGGUCGGGAGGCUCUCGGUGCUCGAGCACCUCGCGCUGUCCCACAACAACCUCUCCGGCGCCGUCCCGUUCGCGCUCAACAACCUGACCAAGUUGCGGUCGCUGAGGCUGGACGGCAACCGCCUCUCCGGCAACCUCCCCAGCAUCAGCAUCCGGCGGCUCGAGGUGUUUAACGUGUCCUACAACGAUCUCAACGGUUCCAUCCCCAGUUCCCUGGCGCGCUUCCCGCCGGAGUCCUUUGCCGGCAACCUCCACCUCUGCGGCAAGCCCCUCCUGGACCGGCCAUGCCAGCCUUUCUUCCCGUCCCCGGCGCCCUCUCCCGGUGGAGGAGGCGGCGGCGCCGUCGUCCCGGUGUCCAAGAAGAAAAAUAAGCUGACCGGCGCGGCGGUCGCGGCCAUUGCGGUGGGCGCCGGGGCGGCUGCUCUGCUAGCUCUGGUGCUGCUGGUACUGUGCGCGGUUCACCACCGGCGGACAGCGAACGCUGAGGAUGGCAAGGCGGCGACACCGACCACCAGGGGCCUGACCCCGUCGACGGCGUGGGGGGAGAUGGGCGGCGAGUUCACUUCCUCUUCAAAGGAGAUCAGCUUCGCCGCAGCAGCGGCUGGGGGCACGCCGGAGCGGAGCCGGCUGGUGUUCGUGGGGAAGCUCGCCGCGGUGGCGGGGCAGCACUACAGCUUCGACCUGGAGGACCUGCUGCGCGCGUCGGCGGAGGUGCUGGGGAAGGGGAGCCUGGGGACGUCGUACAAGGCGACGCUGGAGGAGGGGACGACGGUGGUGGUGAAGCGGCUGCGGGACGUGUCCGCGGCGCGGCGGGAGUUCGCGGCGUGCGUGGAGGCGGCGGCCGGCGUGGAGCACCGGAACUUGUUGCCCGUGCGCGGGUACUACUACUCCAAGGACGAGAAGCUGCUGGUCUGCGACUACCUCCCCGGCGGCAGCCUCUCCGCCCGGCUCCACGGAAGCCGGGGCACCGGCCGGACGCCGAUGGACUGGGAGGCUCGCAUGAGCGCCGCGCUGUGCGCCGCGCGCGGCGUGGCGCACCUGCACACCGCGCACAGCCUCGCGCACGGCAACGUCAAGUCCUCCAACCUCCUGCUCCGGCCGGACCAGGACGCCGCCGCGCUCUCCGACUACUGCCUCCACCAGGUCUCCGCCGCGCCCCUCGCGCACUCCAGCGCCGGCGCUGGUUACCGCGCCCCGGAGCUCGUGGACGCGCGCUGCCCGACGCUCAGGUCGGACGUGUACUCGCUCGGGGUGCUCUUCCUCGAGCUCCUCACGGGCAAGUCCCCGUCGCACCACGCGUCCCUGGACGGCGAGGGCGUGGUGGACCUCCCGCGGUGGGUGCAGUCGGUGGUACGGGAGGAGUGGACGGCCGAGGUGUUCGACGCCGAGCUGGUGCGGCUGGGGGGGAGCGCGGAGGAGGAGAUGGUGGCGCUGCUGCAGGUGGCCAUGGCGUGCGUGGCCACCGCGCCGGACGCGCGGCCGGACGCCGCCGACGUCGUCAGGAUGAUAGAGGAUAUCGGCGGCGGGCACGGGCGCACAACGACGGAGGAGAGCGAGGGAACAAGGGGGGCGUCGGAGGAGGAGCGGUCGAGGGGCACGGCGGCGGCUGGCGCGACGCCGUGACUCCGCUGGUGCAGCGGCAAUGCAGGGUAAAUUCGUAAGCUCGUGGCUCGUGUUACGUGUAUCUCAUAGGGGAAAGCUGUUUCCUUUCCUCGGAUUUUAGCUUUGUUUUCGCUCUCUAACUCAGGCUAUCAGGCAUCCAUUGUUGUCAAUCAAACACUAUGAUACAUUUUUUCUCUCUCCCUGUCUUCGUUUCUCGAAGUAAAUGUAACAAUGUCUCCCGUUCAUUUC